AUGAAUCCAUCAUGUCACUUUCGUCAAUGGAGCUCAGCCGAUGCGCAGCAGUUGUUGAAAGUGAAAGGGACCAUCCAAGACGUCGAUGGAGAGUGUUCAUUCAAACUCACUGGGCAGUCACACAAGGGAUGCAAAAUUGCUCCCCACUAUCGUUUACCCCUUUACGCCCUCAACAAGAAGUUCGGCAUAUACAGAACGGUCGUGCAACACCUACAGGACGCACGCAGUGAAGAGGCUGCUCGCCACCGAAAUACGUAUCUUUCAGUCAUGCGAUAUUUGAAUGACGUACGGAUUGCAUUCCUGGACGAUGCUGGUGUAUGUUCAGAUGCACUACGAACAGACUUUAGAUCUGCUGCACUAGACUAUUACCUAUGGUUAGACCACACAGGCUCUGGCUUUCACGACGAGUGUCGCACGACCUUGGCCACCGCUCAUGGAGUUACCUUUGAAGGCUUAAAGAAUGGGCAGUGUCCAGAUAUACUGGUGUUUCUUGAUUGGACGUCCUAUCACAAGAAAAAAUGCAACGAGCAAGAUUUUUGCGGAGCAUUACAGGGAUCUGGUGGAGGGGAAGAUAUCCAGUCUCUACUCAAUAUGGUUGAUGCCUGUAUUGAUGCAGCCAGCGACCAAAUGAGUCCACCUGAGUCGGGCCAUUCAGUUGCUGAGAUGAUGCUUGUUGAUGUGCAGCCGACGUCGAACCCUAUCCCAAAUUUUCCACUGCCCUUGGAUAAGAAAUGUCGUAGAAUGGCCCUCAGGACUCUUCAUGGCGAUGCACGUCAAAUCUUCAUCGGUGGCUUUGGACGAUUGUUAGCAAGUCAUGUGGUGAUGCGAUUUCGAGAAAUUCAAGGCCUCGAUUAUAAUGAGUCCUUGGAGAACAUGAUUGCUAAUGGAUUGCUCCUGACAGCACGCAGUACAGAAGAGUUCUUGGAGAUAUUCGGUAUGAUAGAGAUGAUAUCGACAUGCCAGGAGUUAAGGGUGGACCGUAGUCCAAUGGCAAGAUUUUUCAUUACUGCUGGUCGCGCGCUCUACACAUCAGGCCUGGGCAAGGAAUGCGUGGUCGACUACGACCCAACGUUUGGGUCUAUGGAUCCAAUUGUCAAAGAGUCAUGGGUUUCCUCAGGACAAUCGAUGAGUGUUGAUAUAAAGUGGAGGAUAGGUAAUACUGGAACACCGCAGGACGUUGAUAUGCAACUUGAACCACGCAAUGUGAUCAAUGCUGGCGUGCAAUGCGAGUGCAUUGACGAACACACAGGCCAACCAUCUAGCAGUCGUGCAAUGUCCGAUUGUGGUGUACAAACACACACUCGUAUACAAGAUGAUCCCGCCAUGGACGACUCCGUCGUUGGUUCACCUCAGCCCGUUCUUCAUGUUCCUGGCCCUUACCAACCCACUCAUGUAGCCCCCAUAGAUACAGAGUGCGGUUAUUCAAGUUCACAGCACCAUGAAGAAGACUUCAAUGAAUGUCAUAUUGUAUGCGUGCGUGUCAAUCCCCUGUCUGGCAUCGGCAGAAUGAUUGAUCUAUCGCGACAGGAUGAUACUGGAUACUUUUUGUCGCCAGAAAAUCGCAGCGAUCAUUCUGGUGACAUAUCCAACAAUGUGUCAGCUCAUCUGGAAGCAUCGAUUACUACAAAUGCAGAUGUCUCUCAUACAUCGAGCUCAUCUCAUGAUUCAAGUCUAAUAAUGGACUUCAAUCCAUUGCAUGAAUGGCAUCAGGUUCACGGCCGCGACACAGCAUUGGAUAUCAGUGAUACGACUAUAUCACCUCCUUUGAAGUCGAGAUUGCGUCAGGCGAAGCAAUCUCGCACAACCACAACCCCUGCAGUCACCCUACAAAGACAGGGCCCAUUGAAGCGUGGACGGCCAGUCGUAUUCGCUACACAACGGCCAGUACUUAAAGGGAAGGCAAAUGCAUCCUCUCACCCGGUGGAAUCUCUAAAGUACACCAUUCAAGACAUGGUUCGCGAGUCUCAAAUGGGUGCUCAAUCUGUCAUGCCUUUUAUGACGUCCUUUCUCAUGGACCCACACGGGCUGAAUUUCUUCCGAUUAACGAUUAAAACCAAUCACGAUAUGUGGUUGGCUAUCGUUCGACAUCUGGCAAUCCUCCGUCGCAGUGAACGCUUGUCACAGGCUAUGAGUACCAAGGCAGCAUCACUAAUGUCAAUUGACAUAUGGCUCAAGGAUAUUGCGAUUGAGUGCGAAGCACUUAACAGUCAGACCGCAGACACAGUGCUUUCCCCAUUUGUAGGCAGACCUUCUGUCCAAGAUGGUGCUAUGCUAAGUUUUGGAUGA